GUUCCAAUGCUCUGUCACCCUCACAGAAGAAGGUGGUUUACUCACUUUUAUGCUGUUUCUGUGCUCUGGAAUGGCUUUCUGCUGAUUUGGCUUAUCCAACCUCAGUUCCUAAGAGGAUCUCUCUCAUCGUGGCUUCAGCACCUGCACCAUGCUCUUGGCAGAGCUUCACAGAACGAGGACAUGGAUAGUGAAUACUCCUCUGCGCUCUUGGUUCUCCUGCUCCUUUGGCUGCACAGCUUGCGAAGACUUGCAGAAUGCCUCUGUAUCAGUGUGUUUUCCAAUGGCGUCAUUCAUAUCGGGCAGUAUUGCUUUGGACUUGGUUACUACAUUGCUGUUGGCUUAACUGUGCUAUGUCAAGUGCCUGCCAAUUUCAGGAAUGGAGAAGAACUUUCUGUGCAGAUCUGCUGGUAUCACAUCAUAGGAAUUGUGAUGUACAUUUGGGCCUCUCUUCACCAACACAGAUGUCUUGUGAUUCUAGCUAAUCUUAGAAAAAACAAAUCGGGAAAGGUCAUAAAUCUGAGCCACAGUAUACCUUUUGGAGACUGGUUUGAGAGAGUUUCUUGCCCUCAUUAUUUUGCAGAACUCCUCGUAUAUAUAUCUAUGGCCAUCACACUUGGAUUUCACAAUGUGACAUGGUGGUUUGUAGUGAUAUGCGUACUGUCUUUCUGGGUCUCCCUGUUGAUAAUUAUAAAGUAGUGGCUGUUUUUAAAUGCAAGCACAGAAAAGGUGGAGAGCGCUGUAAUGGAGGAAUGACUCAUUCUCAGCAGUACGGAUAAACAGACCAGUCCUCUGCAUUACCUCUUCUGCAUAGAAGUCAGUGUUCAUUGGUGGAACUUUUUGUUUAUCCUUGAACUUGGAAAAUUAUGGAAGGUUCCCUUCCUGGAAGGAAGAGAAUAGUAGAGAACAGUAAAGGAUCUGCAAAAGAAUAAUAUUCUUAGUUAUAAUUCUGUCAUCCUUUUUUAAGGUUAUUGGAAUCCCUCAUGUGUUACAGAGGGCAGUUAUGCAUGAUGACAGUAACCAUGGCUACACUGGUUUUUAAAUAAUCUGCGAGAGCAGAUAUAUUGAAAUACCAAGGAAUAAAAUACAGAAACCACUAGCUGCUAAGUGUUGUAAAGAAAUUCUUUACUGGGGAGAUUAUAUCAGUUAGCACAGGAGUCUUUUGUGCUUGCCACUGAACGUUGUGGUCCUUCUCAUGAUACCGGAGUAAAUGAUCAGUUUGCCUGAUACAGCACAUGGCUGUUGGUGUUUCAGCUUGUUUUCUACUUACAUGCAUGUAUUUAACUGUUCUUUUGUAUAUGAGAAGAAUUUACAGAUAUUGAAUUAUAUCUUGUGUUAUGAAAUAUCUAAUUAAAAAGGCGAUGGUACCGUC